AUGGAGCAACAAGGCAGUGACGGCACAUCUGGUAACUUGAAGACUAAAUCAAUACUAAUCUUAGACUCUGGUAAUGAUAUAGACAAUUAUUAAAGAUUCCAUGAACCUAUAAAUUUAGUUGCUUCUGAGUAAAACCAGCAUCAAGAAUAAGAAUGGAAUGUACUACCACAAGAUAAUGAAAAAGAAAAAAAAAUUUAUAAAUAUGAAAAACAUCAAAUCCCCUCAAAAAGUUAAUGA